AUGGAAAAUAUCACCCUCCCUUUCCAACUAAUCAACAACCACUGGCACUUCUCCUCCACCACGAAAUCUUGGUGGUACAAACCUGAGCCCUUCACCUUCCUUACGACUGAGUCCGUGCGCUCCUUCCCAAAUGAGACCUGCCUGAAUCCUGCCUGGACGUGCCGCCCCCUCCCGAAAACGUGCGGGAAACAGGGGAUCCCCAGCACCGUACGCUCCGUCCACCACGCCGUGCACGAACACGUCGGGCCCGAUUCCCCAUAUCAGCUCGAGAACUGCUGUUUUCGACCUGUCCGGAAGGUUCUUUCAGCGGUGCGAACAAUUUACGGCCAAGAAAUCGUCGGGCUCGACUCGGAGACAGAGAAAGUCGACGUUGGUGAUGUGGAGCCUCGGGGGCCCACUGGGCCGAAGGGCCAAGUGCCGGAUGAAGGUAGGUCAUUGGAACCUGUGGAGGAUGCCAAAGUCGAUGACGUGGACCUAGGCCGAGCCCGCCAAAUGGGCUGCGAGGAGCUUAUUCGAGGUGAGGUUCGAGACUCUUCUAAAAGGGAAAAAGACGCGAUGGACGUGUAG